AGCGGCGCCUACGUCACUACAGCGGCCAGUUUGACACAGCCGCCACAAGAUGGCGACGUAACGCCACACGGCCAAUCAGUCAUCUUGUACAGCGCGUCCCAGCUGACAUCGGGCGUCGGGGUCCCCCCCGGACCUGGACACGAACCCGGGACCUCGACAGGCGGAGCCACCACGCCGCCCCCCGCUGAGAUGAAUACACUCACAGACAGAGAGACAGACAGAGAGACAGGGAGAGAGACUGAGAGACAGAGAGACAGAGACUGAGAGGGGAAGGGAGAGAGAGGCUGAUGUGCAUCCUGUGUUGACGACACGGAGGAGAACCGACAGCACGACGCCACGCUGCGGGGACAUCAGCGGGAGGCCUUGAAACCGUAGACCACGCCGAGCCCCUCUGGUCCCAGAGGAACCGUUGGGGAACGUCGACUUGGAGGAUAGGAUUGGCACAGCGCCGGAGGUGAUGGGGAACAAGAACACCAUCCCACCGAAAGGCCCCGACCCUGGGGCAGCGCAGAGAGAGGAAGGGCUCUGCGUCGACGGGGCCGCGGGCGGCGCCUCCAGAGAUGGACCGCUGGGCCCGGAGCUGCUGGCCUCCCUGCAGUCGCUCAGAGAAACCAGCGACUACACCACGCUGCCACGCUCCCUGCACCAGAUCGCAGAGGCCUACUCGCUCAAGGAGGACUACCACUGGGCCAUCCAGUUCCUGCAGCUGGAGAAGCUCUACCACCAACGUCUGCUCUCCAACCUUGUCGACAUGCAGGAGAACUGGGAGAGCCAGUGGAGAGAGAAGAAGAACGAUGGAGGCAUUUGGGCUGCUGAGACAGACGGCAUCAGUCAGAAGCACAUCGAGACGCUGGACCACAUCUGCAGGACACACCUCCGACCCUCAAUCAGUGUGGAGCAGAACACAGUGAAUCAAACAGCCAAAGACAUCCAGCGCAAGUACGAGAGACUACCAACGUGUCCCGAUGAAGGUAACGAGACUGAAGCAACGUUCCAGGAUGAAGGAAAGGAGCAAAGCGUGAAGCCACAGCUUCCACAGACAGGCCAACAGGAGGGAGGUGAGGAGGAGGAGGAGAAGCCGUGUGAGGAGACACCAGAGCAGGAGGUGAAGGUGGAGUGGCCCUCAGGAGUCCCCCAGGCUUCAGUCAAGGACCUGGCCAGGCUGUCCCACGCAGACGGGAGCUCCUACGCUGACGGUCUGGUCUCCAUCCUAAAGAGGAGGAGAGCUUCGCUGGAUGGAUUGCCUCCUCCGAGCGACUUUGUCACCAAAGAGAACCCGAAACGCAAAGUUCGCUUCAGUGAGCCAGAGGAAGGCCUUGAGCAAGACGACAUGGGCGGGGAUUCCUGCCUCAUCCUGCUGCUGCUGUGUCUGGUUACCGUGGUGAUCAGCGUAGGCGGGACGGCCCUCUACUGCACGCUGGUGGACACUUACUCCAACAUCUGCACCGACUUCACCAACAACGCAGACUUCUACGUCAUGAGCGUGCGGAGGUUCUUUGAAGGCCUCGCCCACUGGCUGCCCCUCCCGACUUAAGACCCUCCCCACCUGCACUCCAGACCGGGAUGUUCCACAACACCUGUGCUGCAGUGGACAGCGUCAACCGACGGGAUGGACACGCGUAGAUCUGACGCCGGCGCCCGGAGCGCGAGAGGCGACCUGAGCCUUGAUCCCGUGGCUCACUAAGACACCUGAAACUAACCGGUGCCCAAAGACUCAUGUUGUGGGUUUGAAACUUCCCUGUUCCCUAUUGUUUGUGGGGAUACGACACACAAGAGGGCUCCCAACUCUCUAAAUGAUUCCUGCUUCAAGAGAAGACGCAGGUCAUGUGUGUGUGUGAGUGCUUCUCUGACGUCUGUAGAAGUCUAAGCUUUGUCUUUGGUUCCUCAACCCUUCUUGUAACGUCUUCAUUUCAUUGGGAUUAAACAUGUGUGUGAUUUGUUUUCAGGCAGCGAUUAAGAGGCCUAAAGAUGAUAUUUCUUUAAUUGAGGUUACAGCUGUCAAAGUGCCCAGUUAAGCACAGUAUCCCAAACAGACCACAUGAAUGAUGUGUGGCUCUUGGUCCGGAAACAUCAGUUCCAUCCACUUCUAACGCAGUACAUUGCAUAAUGAUGAGUAUGCACUAGUCAUUUAACUCUGAAAACUUAGGUCACGGUUCAUGUUGUAAGAGUAACUAGAUGAUCAGUGUGGCCAACGGCUCCGUCAGGACAUUUCAAGGUCAUUAAAAAGCAGAGCAGAAAAAAGGAAGAUGAAGUUAAUCAUUUUAUCUGCACUUAGUUUUAAAGUGAGCCGUUUGGGGCUGUGGGAUCAUCCAGUGGACGUGAUGCUGUCUUCGUAUUGAUGCUUUGUGGACCAACAGUUGUGUUUCCUGACUGGGACAAGAAACAUUUCAACACUUUGAGACUUUCUCCUUCUAAACUCCCAAUAGUUUGCAAAGUGAUAAAUGUUACUUCUGUUUGUCAGUUUUGCCCAAAAGGGUCAAUACAUUUAAUACAUUUGCAGGAA